AUGAUCCUCAUCCAAGUGGGCCUCGAUGCAGUCGCCACCACCGGCGAAAAAUACAUCGAACCCCUCACAACACUCGCACGCCUCCACCGCGUCGAUCGCACCUUCAAUUCCACCAUCCAAGGCUCCGCCAAGCUUCAAAAUAGCAUGUUUGCCGGAUCUGAUGGACUUUCCAUCGAUAUCAUGCUCGUUCGACUGAUUUACGAACAUUGGGUCGCUUGGACCGAGGACGACAAUAAGCCCCCUGAACCCGACAUCAAGCUCCUGAAAUUUCCGCAAACGCCACUUCGCUGGCUGAUGAACCAUAUCCACCCCGACGUUCUCUUGAAGCAAGCUUCGCGCUCUAGCUUCGGACUCUAUUUUGCAGCCUUCAAACCAGACUCCAACGAAGAGAGGAGAAUGGAGAGAUUGGUGGGCUGUCUGCCCGCCAAGAUGGCGGGAAAGGAGGCUUCGUGGCGGAAAAUCAAAGUUGUGCAAAGUGAGGAGAGCAGCGAGAGAGUUUCCUACGCGAAGAUUCACUUCAGAAGAUCGAAGGAUUCAGGACGCGUGAGUCAUUAUCGGGAGAGUUUGGAAUUCCCGGACGGGAUGCUCUUGGGCGAGAGUUUUGAGUGUUUGUCGGAGAUUGCGUGUCGUAGUGAUGCGCAGCAUGUGGAGUUUGCGGCCGCCGCUUGA